AGCCCAAAACUAAACAUGAAAAUUCCCAAUCAAGAAGAAAGCCCUAAUUCUUCGUCAAAAAAGAAAAUAAAAAAGCCCUAAUUCAACUAAAUUCAAGAGCUCUUCGUCACCGCCUUGGCCCCCUCCGACACAACAAAAACCCUAAACCCCUCUGACGCUGCGAGAAUUCCCCGACCAAGAAAUUCUCUCUCAUUCCUAAAACCGCUGCCAUGGCUACUGUACCUGUUAACCCAAAGCCUUUCUUGAACAAUUUGACUGGGAAGCCUGUCAUGGUCAAACUCAAAUGGGGAAUGGAAUACAAAGGUUACCUCGUCUCUGUGGAUUCAUACAUGAACUUGCAGCUUGCAAAUGCUGAGGAAUACAUUGAUGGGCAGUGCACUGGAAGCCUCGGAGAAAUCUUGAUCAGGUUUCAUUCAUCUUCUCCCCAAUCAUCUUUCAAGUACAUACGGCAUUCUUGGACGAAAUGGACGUACAUACUGAAGUUUAAUGUGACUAGAUAAAUAUUUCCAUCUGUACAAAUGCCACUUCUCAUAUAAUGAAGUGUAUCUUUUCAUACGAGCAUUUGUUACCUUGAGGAAUUAAUUGCAUAAGUUGAGGAUAGAAUGUUCAGCAGCUUGGCUUUAAGAAGCAUUACGAGUUCAGAGAAAAACGGUUACUAUGCAGGCAUUAUUAUUGAUGAAAUCUUUUUGGGUUAUCUUGUGCAGAUGCAAUAAUGUUCUGUAUCUUCGCGGCGUCCCUGAGGAUGAAGAGAUUGAAGAAGCUGACCGUGAUUAGUCGGCAUUCACAUCUAUCGUAUCAUUGUAUGCCUAAUUGAACUGGAGUGAGAUCUUGCAUUGUGUAGUAGAUGUACUUGACAGGCAUUCUAUCUUUGUUCAUGUAAAAUUUGUGAACAUGAGCUAUGUGGAAGGGAUAUAUUUGUUCUUAACUUGUUUCAGAUCAGUCCAGAAAAUUAAAAAAAUGACUUUAAACU